AUGCCUGCCACAGACUCACCAGCAGUCAUUGUAGCCCGCUUCUUGAAGGCAAAUCAUUACAACAAGACUCUUGAAGCAUUCCUCGCCGAGGCGGGACUCCCAGAGGCAGCGGCUAUUACUAAUCCUGGCGACUGGACGAUAGAGAAGAUCCUCGAAGAGAAGAAACAGUACGAUGCCAGUCUCGCCUUUGAAAAGAAAGGUGACGAUGCUGAUGUGGGUUGGAUGACACCAGCUCCCUCGAAGGCUCUUGAGCCAGAGGGAUUCCCCGUCACGUCAAACGUCCUCUGUGUGAGUGGAUCGAGCAGCAAGGAGAACGAAGAUGGGGUUGUCUUUGUCACUGCUGCGGACCGUUCAUGGUCCAGCGUCUCAGCGACACCGCCAUUUACACUAGCAAGCUCAAUUGAGAAUGCCCACGGCAGUCCGAUUCUCUCCAUCAGCUCUCUGGAUGACGGAGGAUAUGUUUUCUCGACUUCCAUGUCUGGACAGCUGAUGCUCCAUGAUUCACGGGGCCGGUUGCUUGAUAAAGUACGCGACCAUCUCAAAUAUGCGGUGCAAGUGGUCUCGGGAUAUACUCGUCAGGGACGGUGGAUCGUGGCGACGGCAGGGUGGGAUCAGAAAGUCCACAUCUAUGCUCCUGAGCACGAGCUUGCGGGGAACUUCCAGCCCAGCACGACUUCGAACAUGGGUGCUGAUGAACCUUUCAUUCACGGACUGCUUCGCGACCCGAUCCACACCAUUACAGUGCCCACGAACCCGGAAUCCAUGGUCCUCGUUCGAAAUCCCGAUACUGACGAUCUCUACCUGGUCCUAUCCCGGCGCGACUCCACGUUCCUGUACUACUACUGCAUCACACCGACAUCCGAGGAAUCUUCUUCGUCUCGAAGCAGCGAAGUCACAUACUCAGUUCAAGAGACGGGCAGGCAGAACCUUGCUCCGCACUCCAACGCUUGGGUCGCGUUUACUCCAUCCUGUCUCGCUGUGUGUCCGACAGAUCCCUCCCUCUUGGCCGUUGCAACAUCUCAUCUUCCCCACAUGAAACUUUUGAUUGUCCGGCUUCUCUUCCCCACGUCUACCUACAACUCCACCAACUCCAUCAUUCGGGACAACGAGUCAGAACCGCAAACCCAGGUCUCCCAAGCCCGCGCCGCCCUUGCGCUGCAGGACCGGGAAGACGCCGCGAUAAAGCUGCACGUAACGACCAUGGCUCCUCAAACCCCCUACUCCACGCCGCAGGUCGUUUGGCGACCGGGUGGGAAGGGGGUAUUUGUGAACGCGGAUGAUGGGGUCAUCCGUGGGCUGGACACACACAGCGGAAAGGUCGUAGCUGUGCUCAAAGGACAUGAGGUUGGGAGUAAAGUACGAACAUUGUGGGCGGGAUGGGAAGCUACCGAGUCCGGCGCGAAUGGGCAUGGGAAGGAGAAGAGGGAGAUCCUCGUCAGUGGUGGCUUUGAUAAGAAGGUGUUUUUCUGGAGAGUUCAGCCGGCUUAG